CCUUAGCCUACAUUCAUGAGGUCUGGAAAAGGUGACUCGGACUUCCACCUCUUCCAGACAAUGAGAGUACCUGAGAAUUUGGGGAGUCCAGCUCCAAGCCCCGGAGCUCUACGAGACUUGGCGGUAUAUGAGGAACUUCCGGCCUCCGAACGCUGGGGGGCGCUGUGAUCUCUCAGUAAUCUCUUGGCCACCGGAAUUCAGCGCGCAAGCGCAAUCAUAGCUUUAAAGCCGGCUCCCCACGUGUAAACCUUGUGGGCAAGUUUUUCGAGAAAAAUGCCCAAAUUCAAGGCGGCCCGAGGGGCCGGGAAUCAGGAGAAGCAUGCACCUCUAGCCGAGCAGAUUCUGGCUGGGAAUGCAGUGCGCGCAGGAACCCGAGACAAACGGCGAGGUCGCGGGGUCGAAGAGGAGGAAGAGUAUGUGGGACCCCGGUUGAGCAGACGGAUCUUGCAGCAAGCCCGGCAGCAGCAGGAGGAACUCGAGACCGAGCACGGCGCUGGAGACCAGCCUGCAAAACCGCGAGAGCGCUCCACGCGGCUGGGGCCGGGAGUGCCACAGGAUGGAUCUGAUGAUGAGGAUGAGGAGUGGCCCACCCUGGAGAAGGCAGCCAGAAUGACCGGGGUGGACCACCAAGCAGAGGUGGUCGUGGACCCCGAGGAUGAGCGUGCCAUUGAAAUGUUCAUGAACAAGAACCCUCCCGUCAGGCGCACUCUGGCUGACAUCAUCAUGGAGAAGCUGACUGAGAAGCAGACAGAGGUGGAGACUGUCAUGUCAGAGGUGUCAGGCCUGCCCAUGCCUCAGCUGGACCCCCGAGUCCUGGAGGUCUACAGAGGGGUCCGGGAGGUAUUAUCUAAGUACCGCAGUGGGAAACUGCCCAAGGCUUUUAAGAUCAUCCCCGCACUGUCCAACUGGGAGCAAAUCCUCUAUGUCACUGAGCCCGAGGCCUGGACUGCAGCUGCCAUGUACCAAGCUACCAGGAUUUUUGCCUCUAACCUGAAAGAACGCAUGGCUCAACGCUUCUACAACCUUGUCCUGCUUCCCCGAGUACGAGACGACAUUGCUGAAUACAAACGGCUCAACUUUCACCUCUACAUGGCACUCAAGAAGGCCCUCUUCAAGCCCGGAGCCUGGUUCAAAGGAAUCCUGAUCCCACUGUGCGAGUCUGGCACUUGUACCCUCCGAGAAGCCAUCAUCGUGGGCAGCAUCAUCACUAAGUGCUCCAUCCCUGUGUUGCACUCCAGUGCGGCCAUGCUGAAGAUUGCUGAGAUGGAGUACAGCGGUGCCAACAGCAUCUUCCUGCGCCUACUGCUGGAUAAGAAGUACGCAUUGCCCUACCGUGUGCUAGAUGCCCUGGUCUUCCAUUUUCUGGGCUUCCGGACAGAGAAGCGCCAGCUGCCUGUGCUCUGGCACCAGUGCCUUCUGACACUGGCACAACGCUACAAGGCUGAUUUGGCCACAGAACAGAAGGAGGCCCUCCUAGAACUGCUUCGCCUGCAGCCCCACCCACACUUGUCUCCUGAAGUCAGACGUGAGCUUCAGAGUGCAGUCCCCAGAGAUGUGGAAGAUGUCCCCGUCACCAUGGAAUGAGAACAGUCACCACUCUUAGUCCAGGGGGCAUGGGAGCUGGUAACCCAGGGUGUAAAAACCUAGGUCAGGGCACUGAAGGGUUACGAUGGCAUCUGUGGCUCCAGCCCUGGGCAGGAAGACUGAAUCUGGUUGGCUCUCUGCCAUUCUAGGGUUUGGUCCCUACUCACUUCUGGGAGCUAACAGGAGUUACCCCAGCUCAGUAAUCCCACAACCCAGCUGGCACUUUCUUUAAGGGCUGCUCUCUCUAGUUACUAUGUCAGCUCACUGGGGUGCAGAUAAAACAAAGGCAGAUAUUUAUUGGAGCUCUGUGUUUUGGUACAGUCCCUGGAGGUUCCUGCCUCCCCCGGAGCUAGAGGUGAGAGUCGCUUGUAGCUUUUUCCAGGUCAGAGCCCUCACCCUGCCCCUUACUCUUCACCAUUGUCUGUGUGUAUGUGAGUGCCCCGCCGACCUCUGACAUGACAUUCAUGGGCUCCUUUGGGGGCACACCUGCUGCUGCCGCCAUAGAGUUGUCCAUUGGAAAGGCGACAGCUAUCGCUGUCAGUGAAGACUGCAGGGGCAGACCCUUUCUCAAGCAGACAGCAGCAGAGUCAAAGUCCAGCGGUUUCUUCCUUGCUCUCUCAGCAACAAGAGCUUUAGGUGGUUGACAAACCAGGGUCAAAAGCCUGUUUGUAUAGAUGAUGAGCAAAGAACAACCUUCAUAGUUUUUAAUGGCUUGGGGAAAUUUGUAUGAAAUCUUAGUUGCAGCAAGCAUAGAUAUGCAAGUUUGAGGCUAGUCAGGACUAACUAUACAGUGAAACCCUAUCUCAAACAGUUGGGGUGGGAGGUACAUCUACAUCCCCCUGUUUUGCACAACUGACUCCAGUCAUCCUACUAUACCACUCUUGCUCUCAAAAAAGUGCACCAGUUAGAGUCCAGUUCGUUUAUCUGGAAACAGUUUCAGUCUGUUGAUACAUUCACAUUUGCUUGCACUUUUAGUCCGUCUCGUCUCGGAAACAGUAGGUAGAUGCAAAGAAAACUACACCUAGUUCAGCAAGCCAAAUUGCUCACCAUAGCAGUUUGCCUCCCUGCAGUACUGGGGAAGGGUUUCCAGACACACCCGUACCCCAUUCAUCAGUUUUUGAAGAUUUAUUUAUUAUGUAUGCAGUGUUCUUUCAUGUAUGCUUACACAUCAGAAGAGGGCACCAAAUCCCACCAUAUAUGGUUGUGAGCCACCAUGUGGUUGCUGGGAAUUGAACUCAGGACCUCUGGGAGAGCAGCCAGUGCUCUUCACCUCUGAGCCAUCUCUCCAGCCCUCAUCAGUUAUUUUUUAAUAUAUGUGAGCAUCAUGCCUGCAUGGCAUCACAUCCCCCAGGACUGGAGUUAGAGAUGGCUGUGGUCAAAUCCAGAUUCUCAGGAUUAGCCAAAUGCACUGAGCCACUGUUCCAGCCCCACGUGUCUUAGAAUUUUGCCAUGUAGCACAGGCUACCCUAGAACUUCUUCCUCUAAAGACUACAGGAAUCCCAUUAUGUGGGAGCACAGCAAAAUUUUCACAUAAAACUGUCCAGCCCUAUUUUCACAUGAGCCUUCUGGGGUAUGGUAGCCACUCCUUAGGCCAUAAUUUAAAAGAGGACCACAUUGCCUUAGCACUCC